CCCACGUACUCCAAUGAAAUAGUUUUCAACAAGAAAAAUUCAUCAAACAUCAAUAACUCCCCUAGCAGCAACAACAAAAUGACUACCUCACUAAACAACAACCUCUCUGAAUUAGACACCCUAUUACAAGACCUAAGUAACUCCAAGUAUGCAACCACCGAUAGAAAAGUGACCAUUGACUCUCCAAAACUGAAUGGAUAUAGUCAUAAUCAUUCUGAUUUUGAUCUUUCGGCCAGCCAGAGGCCUUCAGUUGAUAGUCUGUUGGAACAAUUGAACACGACGACUACACCCAACGGGGAUGGACAGUAUGUCACAAAACUUCUCAUGGAAGAAACGACCACCACCACAACGAGAACGGUCCGACCCACGGCUUCCAGCGCUACCAAAGAGCUGGAUGACCUCAUGGCUUCCCUGUCCGAGUUUAAGGUGUCGAAGCCCAAACAGGCUAUUGAGUCAACAGCCACCUACCAGUCGGAGUCUAUUUACGCCAAGCCCAACCGCAACAAGGAGUUCACACAAACAACUGAACAGUUAGAUUGUAUGCUAGGAACUUUACAAGUAGAAAUGAGUAAACAAGGAGUCAAUACUACCCAAAAAGGUUGCUGCAGCGCUUGUGAUAAACCAAUCGUAGGACAAGUCAUAACUGCUUUGGGUAAGACAUGGCAUCCGGAGCAUUUUACCUGCACGCACUGUCAGCAGGAGUUAGGAACCAGGAAUUUCUUCGAAAGAGACGGCCGCCCUUACUGCGAACCAGACUACCAUAAUCUUUUCUCCCCACGAUGUGCUUACUGCAAUGGACCAAUUUUGGAUAAAUGUGUGACUGCCUUGGAGAAGACCUGGCAUACAGAACACUUCUUCUGCGCCCAAUGCGGAAAGCAAUUUGGCGAAGAAGGCUUCCAUGAGAGAGACGGCAAACCUUACUGCCGUGAUGAUUAUUUCAACCUGUUUGCUCCUAAAUGCGGUGCUUGUUCCCGACCUAUCAUGGAAAACUAUGUCUCAGCCUUGAGCUCUCAAUGGCACGCAGAUUGCUUUGUCUGCAGGGAUUGCCGGCAGCCUUUUAAGGGUGGAUCAUUCUUCGAUCAUGAAGGUCAGCCUUACUGCGAGACACAUUAUCAUGCAAAACGUGGUUCCUUAUGCGCUGGUUGUCACAAACCUAUCACUGGUCGCUGUAUAACAGCUAUGUUCCGAAAGUUCCAUCCAGAACAUUUUGUUUGCGCGUUUUGCCUGAAGCAAUUGAACAAAGGCACUUUCAAAGAGCAGAAUGACAAACCGUACUGUCAUUCUUGUUUUGUCAAACUUUUUGGGUAAAAUUUUAAAGAACAUCUCCUAGGAAAUAAUUUUUAGCAUUGCCUCCACAGAAACUGCUUGUAACCCUGAGAAUUAAGCUCAGUUAGCAGUUGACCAUUGAAAAAAGUGCGAGGCAUGCUUAAACGCAACAACAUGACACCGAUUCUAGUAUCCAGUAUUGAUUGUGCAAAUGCUGGUUUCCUAAUUGUGUUGUUUUACGAAUUGUGUCACUGGUUAAAAGAUUUUGAGUUGAGUUAUGAGUCAACCUACAUUAUAGACGACUCAUUGGGUAUGCUUUACCCAAAUCUUCUGUCAUAAUUUUAUAACACUUUUUACUUACCUUCUUAGUAAUUAUCAGACUAAUACUCAUUUGUUUUUGUCUUUUUUUUUCAAAGCUUAUGACCACUGUAACCGUUGGAAAACCAAAACCAAUUUCCUUGACUGUUUAAGUUGAACCAUGCAUACGCAAUUCGUGUAAUGCUUUUUCAUGAUAUCAAUCAAUCACACUAAACUAGCUUUGCUUUCCACAUAUGUUGGGCACCUUUGUAGUUGAAUGUAAGUCAAGAUGAAAGUUAGGUACUUAUCGUCUGUAAAUUUAGUGUUUUGGUUACUUAUAUAAUUUUGAAGGAUAUCUCAAUUUUCUCCAAACCAACGGAAUCGACAAAAAAAAGUUUGAAGACUGCUUCACUUGUGCCUCAAUUUUUCAUUUCCCAGUCAAUUGUUUAAGUGUCAUCCAGAGAAAUAUUAUUUGUCAAAUUAGAAAACCUAUGUUGAAGCAUAAAGAUCAAUAUCGAGGAUUUCGUUCCUACGAUGACCUAUGCAAUUGAUUGUAGCUUGAUUAACUUUGAUAUCUCCAGACAUAACUCCAAAUCAAGAACAAGGAAGAAUAAGCAGAACUUGAAUCAGAUAAGUUGGCCAUUGUUUACUUUCGACUGUCAUGCACAAUAGACGAAUUUACGUAACAGCACCUGCGGUCAGUCUUGAAGUCAAAUCUUGCUCUUGAAGAAUGGCAAUGCUGCAGUUGCCUGCAAACAGAAAGUAAACAUUUGCCAACUGAUCAGACCCUACUUUAACCAAAUUUAAAAUCAGGAUCCUUAUUUUCUCCCUUAGAAACACGAUUUAAUGAAUAUCUACUAAUUGACACUUGUAAUUUGAAUAUGAUAAAUGAAAUUAUAAUAAUCAUAACAAAUACCUAGUUGUCAAGCAAUGUGCGUUUUAAACUUGUGUAACUUCUAAAGUACUUACAAACCGGUGUUAUUUUAAUUUCCACAAGCUAUAAAAUCGUUUUAUAUUUCUCUACAAAUUUCUGCAUUUCAAAUUUAAGAAAAUUGCAUUUGGUUGUUUUCAGCGGAGAAAUUCUUACAGAACAUAAACAGCAUAGCCACCAUAAAAAGUUAUGAAUAAAAAUUUUCACGAGCCUUAUGGAAAUACGUUUUAAUUAAUUAACCUGAAAAUUUGAAAGGUGAAGUUUUAAUGUGAUCUUUAAAUGCAGCAUGUUGACGGUGUAAAUACGCGUAUCAGGAGUACGGUGUUUCAAAAUUUCUCCCUCAAAUUUAUUUCAUCGAAGAACAAUGAAGCAACACGGUUGCUUGAAAACUUUCACAGAGCAUUCUUAAGGCCAAGAAGAAAAGUUUUCAAAAAAUGACUUUGAGUAGUUUUCAAUUUAAAAAUUCGAUCAUGACAGUAAGUUUGCAGCAUCACUAACCGUCAUAUCUAUUUAUGCGGUUUCACCGUCAAUGUACAGAUUGAGAUGCUGAAAGAAAAUAUUUCCAGAAAUUUUAGAUUUUUGCACCACCAUCAUCUUUUUUUAUGAGUCGCCUUGAAAAACUAAAAGAGUUUUAAGUUAUUCAAAUGAUAUUCCUUUGCAAGUAAUCAAAAAUCCCUUAGCUUGUGGAACUUUCCUACCUAUAAGGUACAACAGGACAGCUUUUUCCUAGCGAUCUGACAGGAAAGAAAUUACCAUGUUGGUACUGAAGGCUGAAGGACUGUUGAAAAGAAAUCUUUUUAUUAUUUAAUGUUUACGGGUUUAUUUACUUUCAAGUAAGUAAUUUCUCUUACACAAGUAACAAGAUAACUAGAGUAAAAGAAAUCAAUCACUGAAAAUUGAUUGUAUAAUCGCUACUUAAAUUUGUAUUCACUGUUAAUUCAUCUCUAUUAACUCAUGACAAAUGAUGUUGAAGAAAUUUUGUUCAUGUGGGUAUUAAUGUUUUCAAAUUGUUUAAAAUUAUUUUUAAAUAUUUAUUAGCUUAUAAAUUUUUAUUGAAUCAUUGUACUGUUUUAUACUAGUCUUUUCUGUCUUGAGAGGCUAGAUCCCUCCCGAGCAUGCUUGCAGUAGUUCGUGUCAAAUCAUACCAAUUUUGCUUUUAUAAUUAUGAACUAAUUGUUUGUUCUAGAAGUAUCUACCUAAUGUAAGUGUAGUUUUUAAUAAUAUAGGCAUGAACCGAUUUUAUUUUUUCUGUGAGGUGAUACUUACUUCUCAUUCAAUUAAAAGAAGCAAACAAUGAUUGAUGUAAUGAUUUGAAAUAAAGAUUCCAUGAAGAAU